AUGAUCCCUACCACGAUCCCUACCACUACCCCUACCACGAAUCAGACAUCACACACCUCGGAAUCAUCGGGCCUCUCGAUAGGGGCAAAGGCAGGCAUUGGUGUUGGUGUUGGCGUCGGUGCUCUGCUGGCGAUAUCUGCUUUUGCGGCGCUUUUCCUUCGAGAACGGAAGAACAAAAAGCUGAAAGGUAAUUCUCAAUACACCUUUGCAGCGACUUCGGACACCUUAGCGCGUGAGGUUCCCCAUCGAAUGCCACAAUCGGAAUUAGAGUGCAAUACGAUUCGUGAAGCAUCGGCAGGUGGCCAGGAGCUUAAGCAAGACGUGCACCAUAAUGCUAGACACGAAUUACCGGGGGAAUCGACUGGUGCUAGAGGGAUAUAG